CCUAGCGGCCGUGGGGAGAUGGCGGCGGGUUGCGAGAGGCUGCGCGACCGGCACGGCGCCCGGUGGACCCUGCCGUUCCGACCGCCGCUGUGCCUCGCCUGCGCUGUAGAGACCUUGGGCGACGGCGGAGCCUCGCUGGUGCGGAAGAAGCACGCGCUGUGCCGUCUGCGCGAUGCCCUGGCGUGGCGGGCGCUGCCGGUCGUCCAGCUGCUGGCUCCAGACGAGAGGGGCUGCCUCUGUCUGAUAGGAACGCUCUUCGGGAUGUGUCAUGCUGUGGAAGACAACGAUACCCAAGACCAGUUUGGAGAAGUUCUUGUGCAGCUUAUAGUGGAGCUGAAGUCAGAGCAGUACUUGCGCUGCAUUCUGGAUGAAAGCCAAAAAGAGCUGUGCAAAGCAACUACCAGGAGAGGCAGCCUGCCCACGUUCACUCUCUUGGGGAAGCUAGCAGAUGCUGUCCCAGUCUUUGCUGACAUACUGGUGGUCGAGCACAGUAAUUUAGUGGAUCAUCUGUUGGUGGGCUUGAUGUACCCAAAUGAAGGUGUAAAGGCUGCUAUCUGUUACUUGUAUGGCAAGCUGUACUCCUCUCCUGUUGGCACAGAAAAGCUCUCAGCACACUUUGAAGAAAGGCUCUGUGGCCUCUUCUUGAAUACUUUUGGCCAUGCACAGACAAAGGAGCUGCAGAUUAAUUGCUUGGGUUUGCUGAAGGAGCUGCUGAAAUCUGACCGUUUUGUAUCCAUUCUUAUGAAUAAUCCAAAACCAGAAGAAGAAUCUGAAAACUCUGAUUUGUUAGAAGGGGAAAAUCCACUUCCGCUCAUUCUCAAAAAGCUUUUGUUGACCAGAGAUGAGAUGUUACAGGCAGCAAGCUCUCACUGUAUGGCUGCAGUGCUGGUUCACUCUCCCAGCAGAUACGCUCCUGCCUUUAUCCAUGCUGAUGUCCCAGAAUUCCUUUUUGAGUGCCUCAUGUGCAACAGUGAAAUUCUCAUCUGGUCAGUGUAUUGCUCGCUGCUUCUCCUCACUGAAGAGCGCCUUUUCUUCUCCAAGUGUCACACAGUAUAUGGCAUAGAAUCUCUGGUGAGGAGUCUCCAGAAUGUCCUGCAUUUGAACAAUGUGGAGUUACACAAGCAAGGGCUCCUGCUCUUCACUGAAAUAGUGAAACGGCAACCAGUGGAAAUUAAAUUAUUCACAAACCGAGGUAUAUGUAUAGAUGCCAUUGAUGUUUUGAUGAAGACAGUGGACUGCCCAGUGCUGGAGGUGGUACUGGAGGCUGUGAAAGCUGUGGCAGCUUUUCUGAGGAAGGAUCAUCUGAGCUCCCCUCCAGUUCCAUAUGAAAAUCUGCAGAAACUACUGGAGGCAGUGCUGAAGCGAUGUGUUGACCUUUCCCCACCACACUGUAGCAACAAGCAUGAAGGUGAUUUCCUGUUAUCGAUGUCCCAGAGUAGAGUUUCUUGGAAACAUGGGCAGCUAUUACUCAACACUCUGGAAAGUUUCAGAAAUGCUUGCAGGUUAGCGGUGGAAUUACAGAGUGACCCCAUGGCCCAGGAGAAUGCUUUCACUGCUCCCUGCUCAGAGAGCAAGGAGACACUGAGCAACUUUUCUGAGUUCCUGUUGAGGAUCUGUGACAGUCUCUGCAUCCCCAUGGUCAUGAACUACCUGGAAAGAGCUGUCAGCUCCUCAGUGAUGGAAGUUUUCAUCUCAGCACUUAAUACCCUCUUUACAGUGGUGCCAAACAUGCGAGAUAAGUUCUCCAAAAAGCUGGCAUCCUCCUGCUUCAUCCGACUGACACUGGAGCUGAAAGCCAGAUUUUGCUCUGUACAAAGUAAUCCUGCCUUGAAUCAGGCCUGCUCCAGCUUCCUCUGCAACUUGUGCCUGAGCCUUUACUCUGCCACAGAGAAGGAGAGAACUUGUUCUCAAGAAGAGCAAGAGAUGUCUGAGCUCCUGCAGAAGAGUCUGCCUCAAUUAAACUACACAAUUGCAGAAAGCCUUCUCCUCCUGGCUGAAAACCCUGAACCUCUCUCUUUGGAUCAGUCUCUUUGCAACCACCAACACUGCUUCAUUCUCCUUUUAUACUUUGCCUACACCCUUGGAGACAGGUUUGUCCCAGAAGCUGAAUUGUUUUUAGCCAUAAGAAAUUUUCUCCUGCUAGCACAGGACCAUCGAGACUGGCCCCCUACAUAUGUACUCAGAGCUGUGCUUUACCUUCUUGCUGUCUGUCAGGACAAAGGCAAAGCCCUGGACUCGAGGUCAUUGUGUACCGUAAAGAGGAUCCUGGAUAAUCUCCCAGAUCUGAGCUUGGUCUACAUUCAUUGUCCUCUGCUGCUGAAAUUCUUCCUGCACUACCCUGAACUUAUGGGCAGAUUUGGGCACCAGGUCCUGCAGCUCUGGUUUUCUUGGGAAGACUGCAAUCGUGUGGAAACUGAAGAAGCUGCUUUUGGCACGUCUGAUCAGCUGAACAAUACUAACCCUUUACUUCCCAUUCUGAAGAGCAAUUCCAGCAUUUUACUUAUUUUACUGGACCUGGUCUGCUCAAGUUCUGUGGAGGUGGCUCAGAAGGUGUUGGUGGCUCUAAGGACCUUUCUGGAAAAAAAUGAGGAUGUAUUUGUCUGUGACCUCCUCCGGAAUCAAUUCCUACAGAUUCUGCAGCAGCUACUUGUAGAGAGUAGCUCGGUCUCCUUACAAGCUAACAGGAACCUGCCCAUUUUGCUGAGCCUCCUAUUCCUGGUGCAGCUGCGGAGCAAGGGCAUGAGGGAGCUGGACAGCACAGACUUCAAGCUGCUUCACCAAGUCAGUAACCUCUGUGGGAAAUGCAGGCCGAAAGACAUAGACCUCCUGCAGCCAUCCUUGAAUUUUCUGUACUGUAGCCUUCAUCAGACAACACCUUGUAGUCAACAGAGAGCAGUGGCAGUGCUGCUCUCCAAUGUGUCCUUGCUCGAGCUCCUCCAGAAGGUUUUGGAGUGCACCUGGAUGUGGUCUUUUCCCUCUGAACCUACUUACCUGUCAUCUGAGGAUGCCUUGCUAAGCUCAGGAUGGCUGCUGGCUGCUUCCCUUUUAAUUUAUCAGCAUCGUUACAACACUGAGGUUCACCAGACACUCUCUCUAGACCUAAGACAAGUCCUGAAUGCAAUCAUCUUCAGGAAUAAGAAGCCAGUCCUGCUGUUAGUGAGCAUCGUGCAGUUCCUGAGAGCCAUCCUGCGACAGAAUUUCUCCUCCCUGCUGGUGACUAUUGUCCAAAACACAGCCCAAGGUGCUACACAAUCACAGCCAUCAUCACUGGAAGAUGCUGCCUUGCACCCCCUCACCACGCAGCAGGUCUUCUCCCUUGUUGUCAGUCUGCAGAACCUUUUGGUGCAUGUCUACUUGCAGAAAGACUUGCUGCUUUCUCAAGCUGUGGUUGCCUGCCUGGAAACAUUACUUGAAUACCUGUAUGUGAGGAACCAGGAUGUUGCACUACAUGUUGCUUCACAGCCCUGGCACCGGUUCCUGCUCUUGACAUUGCUCAAUGGGAGCCAGAAGUCCAUUCUGCAGCCAGAAAUUCUGAGGCUCAUGACUUUGUUUCUGAAAUAUCAGAGCAGCAAUAUCAUUUCUCAAAAAGAAAUUGGCCAGAUUCUCCAGGAAGUGGCAGAAGCCAACUUACUAGAGCUGCCAGAGGCCACAUCUCAGGCUCUUCACCUCUUCCUCUGCCAGAUUCAGAGCAGCCAUUGUCAGGUGGAGCCAGUGCAGGCACAGACCAUUCAGACUUUGCUGGAGCACCUUCCAGAACAGACGAGCACCUGUGCAAAACAUCAGGACAUUAUAUGCGUGGGCAGUGUGGCGAUAGCCCUGUCACAGUGAAGACUGAAAUGGGAAGAUGGGGUACAUGCAACAGAGUUAAAGAACAGAAUGGGAGACGGCAUCCUGCCAUUUAUUCCCUGUAAGUUGUAGAGAAGAAGUGGACAAAGGAAGUUAGUUUGUUGUUAAAUUGUUGAAUAUCAUUCAUAAAGCACAGUUUCUUAAACAGAUCCUCUUUUUGUGUUCUGUGUGUGAUGCCACUUAGCCGACACUGUGCAGAUAGUAAACUGCAGCAUUGCUGAAUGGCACGUGGUGGGUGAGGUGCUCUCCAUCUGCCUUGCUUGGGGAUGGGGCCAUCCUUGUUCUGCCCUUCCCAGGGGCCAGCAGGGGGCUGAGGAACGAGCUGUGUCUCACUGGGAAGGGGAGAAUCAGAGAAUUGUUUGAGUUGGAAGGGACCUUCAAAGGCCAUCUGGUCCAACUCUCCUGCAAUGAACAG